AUGGCAGCUGGGUUAUCCUUGGACCGUCCUUGGGCGUUCACCUUUGGCAUCCUAGGUAACAUCAUCUCCUUCAUGGUGUACCUGGCGCCACUGCCGACAUUCUAUCGCGUGUACAAGAGGAAGUCCACCGAAGGGUUUCAGUCGGUGCCGUACGUGGUUGCUCUCUUCAGUGCCAUGCUAUGGAUCUCCUACGCGUUCCUCAAGACCGACGCUUGCCUGCUCAUCACCAUCAACUCAGUCGGCUGCGCCAUCGAGACCGUCUACAUCGUCUACGCGCCGAAGGCGACAAAGAUCUUUACUGCGAAGCUGGUUCUGCUCGUCAUCGUCGCCAUGUUCGGGUUGAUUCUUCUGCUGACUCUGCUGCUGUCGGAGGGCGCGAAACGAGUUGAAAUUCUCGGAUGGAUCUGCGUGAGCUUCUCCGUCAGCGUCUUCGUGGCUCCCCUAAGCGUCAUUAGGCUCGUCAUACGGACAAAGAGCGUGGAGUUCAUGCCGUUCUCGCUCUCCUUCUUCCUCACGUUGAGCGCGGUCGUCUGGUUCGCGUACGGCUUAUUGAUCAGGGAUUUAUACGUUUCGCUGCCCAAUGUGCUGGGGUUUAUCUUCGGGAUCCUGCAAAUGGCGCUCUACGUAGCAUACAAGGACAGGAAGAAGGCCGCCGUCGUCGAGCAGGAGCCGCCGGAGCACGUCCUACCGAUCACAAAUCGUGACACGGCCCAGAAGGCCGUGGAGGUCCAUCGGACGGUCGAAACUCAUGGCGAAGACAAGGUGGGAGACGGAGAUCAGAAGGAGAUUGAUGAGAACAAGGAAGUAAUGGCUUCUGUUGAGGUCUGA